AUGGUCCAUUCAUAUGAUCCCGUAUUUGGCGAGUUUAGAAGGCAAUCAAAACGGCAGAAACACGUAUUGGUCGACUUUGCUUUUGAACCAGUGCACGGUUCACCAAAAGAAGAAGAGAAGGGGCACAUAAAAUCCUCGAGUACUUUGGAUGAUAAUGAGGAAGCAAAACUACAGGAAUCACCAGUGCACGGUUCACCAAAAGAAGAAGAGAAGGGGCACAUAAAAUCCUCGAGUACUUUGGAUGAUAAUGAGGAAGCAAAACUACAGGAAUCACCAGUGGACGGUUCACCAAAAGAAGAAGAGAAGGGGCACAUAAAAUCCUCGAGUACUUUGGAUGAUAAUGAGGAAGCAAAACUACAGGAAUCACCAGUGGACGGUUCACCAAAAGAAGAAGAGAAGGGGCACAUAAAAUCCUCGAGUACUUUGGAUGAUAAUGAGGAAGCAAAACUACAGGAAUCACCAGUGCACGGUUCACCAAAAGAAGAAGAGAAGGGGCACAUAAAAUCCUCGAGUACUUUGGAUGAUAACGAGGAAGCAAAACUACAGGAAUCACCAGUGCACGGUUCACCAAAAGAAGAAGAGAAGGGGCACAUAAAAUCCUCGAGUACUUUGGAUGAUAAUGAGGAAGCAAAACUACAGGAAUCACCAGUGCACGGUUCACCAAAAGAAGAAGAGAAGGGGCACAUAAAAUCCUCGAGUACUUUGGAUGAUAACGAGGAAGCAAAACUACAGGAAUCACCAGUGUACGGUUCACCAAAAGAAGAAGAGAAGGGGCACAUAAAAUCCUCGAGUACUUUGGAUGAUAAUGAGGAAGCAAAACUACAGGAAUCACCAGUGCACGGUUCACCAAAAGAAGAAGAGAAGGGGCACAUAAAAUCCUCGAGUACUUUGGAUGAUAAUGAGGAAGCAAAACUACAGGAAUCACCAGUGCACGGUUCACCAAAAGAAGAAGAGAAGGGGCACAUAAAAUCCUCGAGUACUUUGGAUGAUAAUGAGGAAGCAAAACUACAGGAAUCACCAGUGGACGGUUCACCAAAAGAAGAAGAGAAGGGGCACAUAAAAUCCUCGAGUACUUUGGAUGAUAAUGAGGAAGCAAAACUACAGGAAUCACCAGUGGACGGUUCACCAAAAGAAGAAGAGAAGGGGCACAUAAAAUCCUCGAGUACUUUGGAUGAUAAUGAGGAAGCAAAACUACAGGAAUCACCAGUGCACGGUUCACCAAAAGAAGAAGAGAAGGGGCACAUAAAAUCCUCGAGUACUUUGGAUGAUAACGAGGAAGCAAAACUACAGGAAUCACCAGUGCACGGUUCACCAAAAGAAGAAGAGAAGGGGCACAUAAAAUCCUCGAGUACUUUGGAUGAUAAUGAGGAAGCAAAACUACAGGAAUCACCAGUGCACGGUUCACCAAAAGAAGAAGAGAAGGGGCACAUAAAAUCCUCGAGUACUUUGGAUGAUAACGAGGAAGCAAAACUACAGGAAUCACCAGUGCACGGUUCACCAAAAGAAGAAGAGAAGGGGCACAUAAAAUCCUCGAGUACUUUGGAUGAUAACGAGGAAGCAAAACUACAGGAAUCACCAGUGCACGGUUCACCAAAAGAAGAAGAGAAUGGGCACAUAAAAUCCUCGAGUACUUUGGAUGAUAAUGAGGAAGCAAAACUACAGGAAUCACCAGUGCACGGUUCACCAAAAGAAGAAGAGAAGGGGCACAUAAAAUCCUCGAGUACUUUGGAUGAUAACGAGGAAGCAAAACUACAGGAAUCACCAGUGCACGGUUCACCAAAAGAAGAAGAGAAGGGGCACAUAAAAUCCUCGAGUACUUUGGAUGAUAACGAGGAAGCAAAACUACAGGAAUCACCAGUACACGGUUCACCAAAAGAAGAAGAGAAGGGGCAUAUAAAAUCCUCGAGUACUUUGGAUGAUAACGAGGAAGCAAAACUACAGGAAUCACCAGUGCACGGUUCACCAAAAGAAGAAGAGAAGGGGCACAUAAAAUCCUCGAGUACUUUGGAUGAUAACGAGGAAGCAAAACUACAGGAAUCACCAGUGCACGGUUCACCAAAAGAAGAAGAGAAGGGGCACAUAAAAUCCUCGAGUACUUUGGAUGAUAACGAGGAAGCAAAACUACAGGAAUCACCAGUGCACGGUUCACCAAAAGAAGAAGAGAAGGGGCACAUAAAAUCCUCGAGUACUUUGGAUGAUAACGAGGAAGCAAAACUACAGGAAUCACCAGUGCACGGUUCACCAAAAGAAGAAGAGAAGGGGCACAUAAAAUCCUCGAGUACUUUGGAUGAUAACGAGGAAGCAAAACUACAGGAAUCACCAGUGCACGGUUCACCAAAAGAAGAAGAGAAGGGGCACAUAAAAUCCUCGAGUACUUUGGAUGAUAACGAGGAAGCAAAACUACAGGAAUCACCAGUGCACGGUUCACCAAAAGAAGAAGAGAAGGGGCACAUAAAAUCCUCGAGUACUUUGGAUGAUAACGAGGAAGCAAAACUACAGGAAUCACCAGUGCACGGUUCACCAAAAGAAGAAGAGAAGGGGCACAUAAAAUCCUCGAGUACUUUGGAUGAUAACGAGGAAGCAAAACUACAGGAAUCACCAGUGCACGGUUCACCAAAAGAAGAAGAGAAGGGGCACAUAAAAUCCUCGAGUACUUUGGAUGAUAACGAGGAAGCAAAACUACAGGAAUCACCAGUGCACGGUUCACCAAAAGAAGAAGAGAAGGGGCACAUAAAAUCCUCGAGUACUUUGGAUGAUAACGAGGAAGCAAAACUACAGGAAUCACCAGUGCACGGUUCACCAAAAGAAGAAGAGAAGGGGCACAUAAAAUCCUCGAGUACUUUGGAUGAUAACGAGGAAGCAAAACUACAGGAAUCAAACGAGCAGGCUUCAGCAAAAGCGGAAAAGCAAGGGGGAAUUAGAGAAAAACUAUCUCAAUCUUUGAGGUCAAUAUUUGCAUUUUUCAAGGAAAAAAAAACUCACGAAGAUGUUCCAUCGGCAAAUCUGUUGGACAAUCAUACACUGAAGCAGUUACAAAAACUUGUAUCGAAUAAGAAAAUUUUUCUCGGGAUCACUGAUAUGCCAACAAGUCUGAUCAGCUUUGUAACGGAAAACUUGAGCAAAGACUCUGUACAAAAAUACGGUCAACAUGCAGGAAAAGACGACAUCGUCCUGGUGUUUGGGCAAUUAUGUACACGUAUUGAGGAUGACACACAGGCAGCUAUAGAUAUGGCAAACAUUCUCGCAGCUGACAAGAACAAAGUACUUGCAGUGAUGUUCCAUUAUGUGGGAGCAAACAGAACAGAAGAAGACGUCAAAGAUUGCCGCUAUAAGCAUGUGGGGAUAUUGGACACCUUCCACGUUCCUUUUAAAAAUAUAUAAAGCCAGUGUUUGAGCAUAGAAAUACGGGACGAUUAUUUCAAACUGUGUUUCUUCCGUUACGACAAAUAAAUAGGCGUAAUUUGAUUAAUUUAUUAGUAGUACAGUAAAAUGGAUCAAAAUUCAUCUUUGAUAACCGCAAAAACAUAUACUUUAUUUUAAUUACUGUACAGAUAAAUAAAUGUAUUCGGAAAGUCGUCGGCAAGACAACCUUGCGCUUAUUUCCCUGUGUCAUUGAAAUGCUAUGGUCCUUAAAUACUUAUCUUAAACAGACUGUAGUUAUAUCUACAUACUGAACGGAAAUCCAGCGCCCCAUUUUAUCAUAGCGACAAUUUUGUCCCGUCCUUUCAUAGUUUUAUCUUUUUUUAUCAAUCUUACAUUUAACUACAUUUCUAACACAAUGGAACAUAAUUGCUGGUCACAUUUUGUAGGCAUAUUUGGUUUUCAGAGCAAUCUUGUGAUUGUUUUCGUUUUCGUUAAAUAUAUUUUGCGCUUUACAAAAAAUAAUAAAAUACAAUUACUUA